CCGACCCACAAAAAGAAUCAUCCCUCUCUUUUUUUCAUUGAUUACAUCCCCGGCCCUCCUCCAUUCAUCAUCCACUUACAAGCCAAUCUCACCAACGAGUCUCAUCCAGCCAGUAUAUUGGUUUGAUAGGGGGAUACCAAUAAUUGUAUUCAAUUUUGCAUUGCAUUGAGAUUGCCUACUCGCCGACAGUUUUAUUUUCUCUAUUUGACUCACCUAGUGGCUUCCCCAUUAGGGGUCGCGUCGCUGGACGAGCUUCGCGAUAUUCAUUUGAUUGGCAUCACUUUUCUGUAAACCACUUACACCCACACUUACACACCUACCUACUCUUUACUACUUCUACGCUCGCCUAUGUACUCACACCUUCAAUCUUCGUCUUAGAUACACCCUUGUACCAUAUUACUUUCAUAAUAUCGCAAUCAUGUCUUCAUUUCUAAAACCCAUGAAGAGAAAGGGAGCAGUUCAAUUUAGACCAAGAGGAACUGCUCCUAAUGAUCGCAUCAAAGAAGUGUUGAAUCGGGGUCGUAUGGAAGAAGCGAGGGCGAGUCCUGUCUCUACAACACCCACGCCGGCGAAUCCACCCACUUCGGAUAGAACCCCCUGUCCAAACCCUCGCUGUCCUAAUCCCUCCGCACCGAUUACCGAUGGCUUUUGUUCUGCUUGUGGUCGUGAAAUCGAUUCAUCCAACAUUGUUGCCGAGGUUCAAUUCGGCGAAACUUCAUCCGGUGCUGCCGUUGUCCAUGGAAGCUUCGUUGGAGCAGAUCAGGGGACUGUCACUAGAAACUUAGGGUCGCAAUACCGACGUUUAGGUGGUGGGCUUAGUGAUGCUCGAGAGAAGACUAUCCGUGAAGCUAGAAAUAUGAUGAUCGGCUUUGCUCAUCAGCUCAAGGAAAUACCUCCAAAUGCCGUCGACGCCGGCAUCCAGAUCUUCAAACUUGUUAUGGAAGAGAACUGGCUUCAGGGGCGAGGCAUGGAUAAGGUUGCUCCUGUGUGCCUUUACACAGCUUGUCGUAGAGAAGACAGAUGCAAAGUUAUGCUCAUCGACUUCGCCGAGCUUGUUCAUGUGAAUGUUUAUGAGCUUGGUCACAUUUUCAAGGAUCUGAAUAGCAUCUACUCCUUUCAAAACAACAAUGUCAGGACGAUAAUUCCGGAAGAUCUUAUCUACCGCUUCUGCUCAAAGCUUGAUUUCGGUGACUUCACAAACAAGGUUGCAGCCGACGCAACAAGGCUUUGCCAAAGAAUGGGUAGAGAUUGGAUGGUUAUGGGCCGUCGACCUUCUGGAAUUUGUGGAGCCUGCAUUCUCAUGGCUGCGCGAAUGUGGAAUUUCCGUCGUACCGUCCGAGAAGUUGUUUACGUCGUCAAAGUCACGACUCAUACGAUUGAACAACGUCUAGAUGAGUUUAAAGUGACUGAGAGUAGUGAGUUGUCAAUCGAGGAUUUCUUAAAUCAAGAAUUCCUAGAAUCUCGUCAUGACCCCCCUGCGUUCUAUAAGGCGACCCAAGAAUGGCAGGAGAAGAUGGAAAAGGAGGGAAAGAUUAAGAAACGAAAGCGCGACAUCCAAGAUAUUGAUGGUGAUGAAAUCGGAUCGGGCUCGGAUGCUGGGACACCAGCACCGAAUGGUUCCACUGCAACACCUCGAGCUUCAUCCACAUCGUCUGAUAUGCCGCCACCUCCAGCUCCUCGACCCCCUCCUGAUGUUUCGAGACUGCGCCAAGUCUCUGAGUAUUUACCAAGGUCCUUUGACAGCACCGAAGGAAGAGAACUAGUCGCCCCGUUCGACCCUGACAGAAUGCCAAAGCCAGCUCGUCGAAAGGGUAUUGCUGCUAGAGAUAUUGCUACGUGUCUGAAUGCUGAAAACCCGGAUGCCGACGAGGCAAUGGAUGAACUAGCUGCGGAGUACGGUUCUUCUGAGGCUCAACCUGAUAAUGAUCAAGAUGUAGAGGAAGAGGAAACAGCCCAACCCGAAACCAAACGACGUGGUCGCAAAGGAUCGGCUCAGCCACAACUCACUUUUAACGAAGAGUGGGAACGAGAUGAGACCGAACUAGAGGAACAGAUUAACGAAGUAAUAAACGACCCACAUAGUGAUGAGCAUAGAAAAGCUUUAGCUACAGCUGCGCAUGUUGCUCACAUCAAAGGCGAGUGGGCACGGUCUUUGCUUCCACAAAGGAAGCUAAAAACGGAUGAGAUCAUUGGUGAGGAUGAAUUUGCCGAUGACCCGGAGGUCCAAUUCUGCCUACUCUCGCCAUCGGAAGUAAAAAUAAAGGAGAGCAUAUGGAUCAACAAAAAUAAGGAUUGGUUACGCAAGAAACAGGAGAAAGACUAUCGGAAGCAGAUGGAGGAACUUGGACCUCCGAAGAAGAAGCGCACUCGCGUAAAGAAACCACGAAUCGGCGAGGGUCAAACCACGCCAGCUUCUACUCCGGCCGAGGCAGCGAAAGAAGCUAUGAGGAAGCGAAGCACUUACUCAAAGCGAAUUAACUACGAUGCUAUUGAUGACAUAUUUGGCAAGGACGAAACUCGCGGUCCUGGCUCCGUGGCAUCUCAUAAUAACAGUGAGGCUGUCAGUCGCGCCGGCAGUGUGGUCAACGCGAACGGUGACAACGAAGCGGAGAACGAAGAGGUUGUGGAAGGAGAAAACGAGGAGGUGGGAGACGAGCAACCGGUGGAGGUGUACGAUGAGUAUUACGAGGAUCAAGAGCAGACGGUUUACGAUGAGACAGGAUACGACGACGAUAACUACGGCGGUGAUGACUAUGGUGAGGAGGAGUACUAUUAGUUAAGUACGAUCCUCGUCGCUGAUUGCUGAGUUGGUAGAUCUGCGCAUACCCGCCUGAGUACCCUAGGUGGAUAGCGUAUUGAUCAAUGAUGGCUUGCCUUACUUGAUGUACAUUUAUUUCACAUACAAGACAGCCUCUGAAUAUGUAGCGAUAUAAGAUCUUGCUAGUUACGACAUUUUGCGCUUAGUCGUAAUAGUAACUUCUUAUAAUCAACGUUUUGACUACAGA